AUACCAUCUUAUCUCACACCAACAUCAACAUUUCUGAUCAAUACCUUAUAAGUGUUCCAUUUCAUCAAACAAUCAACAUGUCCGGCGGCGUUGGAAGGAUGUCUCUAGCACCCAUCGAGCCCGGAACCACCACUCCCACCACUCUCCAGCCACCGCUUUCCCAACCCGCAUCCGUAACCGCCCCAACCACCGCCCAAACCCAAACCAAUCUCACCACCGGCACCAGGCCAAACCCUCUAAUCCCCUCCACCACCACCAACACCACCACUCCGUCUUGGACCAAACCAUCUGCCACCACUAAUUCAUCAUGGACCACACCUUCUGCCACCAAUAAUGCAUGGACCACCCCUAGUUCUGCCGCCACUCCGGCAUGGACCACUCCUUCCGGUUCUUCAAACAUUGUGGUUCCUCAGACUCAGACAAAUCAAUCUUGGAACACCAACCGCACACAGUUAACUCUUCCUACUUCCACCAACUUUGCGGUUCCUCAGAGUACUGCCACCAACUUCAUCGACCCUUCUACAACCGUUCCUUGGCAGACCUCACUUCCACAAAAGUUGGCCGUGAUUCCGAGGCCUAUCGCAAUGUCCGACGAGAAUGUAAUGGUGAAGGACGUCGAGGAAACUCAUUCCCACGACGCCAUUUCUAUUGAAGUCCGACCUCUUCUUGAGGUUGUCGAGGACAUCUUUAGCUUCUCCCAUCUCACCAAUCAACAGGGAAUCCUAACUGGCAAAUCGGAAGUUGAAAGAAACAGGAGAGGAUUCAACAACAUCCCCGACGAAUUGUCGCACACAAUAGAACGUAUCAGCUGCGAGAUUGCACAGAUUCAAUGCGGAAGAGGAGGAGAUGGACAUGGAGCAGCAUUACCUUUGUUCAAGAUGUUAGCCAUGUACACAUGGGACGCGAAGCUGGUGUUAACCCUAGCCGCCUUCGCCCUGAGUUAUGGUGAAUUCUGGCUUCUUGCUCAGACCUACCUUUCGAAUCCAUUGGCUAAAUCGAUGGCCAUCUUGAAGAAGGUUCCAAUCCUCAUAGAACGAUCAUCGGGCCCUGGCCCUAAGCAACGUUACGAUGCUAUCGGUAGAGUCAUCAAAGCCAUGCUUGAUGUUACCCGCCUCAUUGUCGAGUUUUAUGACCUUCCCACCAUGUAUAUCUCCUCUGACCAGCCUUCAAGAGCUGCCGUCAUGGCUAUGAUUCCUACUGCCGCUUAUCGUUGUAUAAGAGGAGUCAUUACAUGUGUUGCUCAGAUUAUCCAUCUUUCCUCUAGUCAAGACAGCUACGGUUACUCAAGUAUGGGAUGGGAUCCACUCCACAACGUUGCUCAGAGCAUUGAGAGCAUACUCAGUUAUCUCCAGAAGGAAAUGGACGUUUUGCGACGAAUAAUAGCUGACAAGUGGGAAGACAAAACAUUUGAGGCAAUCGUACACAUUGUGUAUGGAAUGGUUCACGUAGACAACAUGAAAGUCCUUUCCGCUCUAAUUCCGGCAAAGGACCCUGAACCACUCUUGGAAGUCGCUACUAAGAGACCGGCGAGUUUGGAGUAUCUGAAGCACAAGAACGUGUUGCUGCUGAUCUCGGAUCUAGACAUGUCGGUUGAUGAGCUCUCGGUCCUCGAACAGAUCUACCACGACUCAAAACAACACGCUUACGAGGUGGUUUGGAUUCCAGUGGUUGACCCGUCUCUCCAAAACAGCGAAACAACCUUACGCAAAUUCAAUAAUCUUCAAUCUUCCAUGCUUUGGUACUCUUUGCGCCACCCAACAAUGAUCGAUCGUCCCGUCAUAAGGUUCCUCAAGGAGAUAUGGGGAUUCCAUGUUAAGCCCACUAUGGUGGUUCUCGACACUCAGGGGAAAGUUCUAAGCACAAAUGCCAUCCCCAUGAUGCUCAUUUGGGGUAGCACCGCUUUUCCUUUCACUAGCCAAAAGGAGAAGGAGCUUUGGCGCGGGGAGACAUGGAAGCUCGAGCUUUUGAUCGAUGGAAUUGAGCCAACCGUCUUAGAAUGGAUUAGGGACAAGAAGUACAUCUUCCUAUACGGAGGAGAGGACAUAAAAUGGAUCCGGGAAUUCACUACCGAGGCAAGGAAGGUUUCCGCGGCGACUGGAAUCCAAAUAGAGAUGGUUUAUGCAGGUAACAGCCACGGGAGGGAGAAAAUGAGGAACGUGAUGAACAUCAUCAACCGUGAUAAGCUGAGUCAUUGCUGGACCGAGGCUAUGGUUUGGUUUUUCUGGACCCGUCUCGAGAGCAUGCUCCUUUCCCGUCUCCAGAUCGACAAGGAGAUAUCGUCCGUCGUUCCGAGGACUAGCAACGCCGCAAAUUUUAUUCCUGGAAUGCAUGGGGAGUGGGCGUCGGCUGAUGAUGACUCGAUGGUUCAAGAGAUUAAGAAGUUGAUAAGCUUUGGAAGGGGCGGAGGGUGGGCGGUUUUUGCUCAGGGGUCUCAGGUUCUGUCGCUGACUCAUCUGACCACGGUUGUGCACGUGUUGCAGAGGUUUAAGGAAUGGGAGAUGGAUGUGCCGACCAAAGGUUUUCCUACAGCGUUUUGGGGACCGCUUAAGGAGCAUCAUGAUGAGCUGAGGCCUUGUAGCCGUUUGGAGUUUCCGAGUAGCGUUGGGAUUGUCCCUGAGGGUAUGAAAUGCCCCGAUUGUCGCCGUCUUAUGGAGAAACACAUCACUUUCCUCUGCUGCCACGAGGAUCCUACCUCGGUCAGCCUCAUGGAUCAGAAAAUCUAAAUCGCGAUAUGGGCGAUAUCUCCGCGAUCUGAAUGAUAUGAUAUGAUGUUAUGUUGUAUGUUUGAUGUGAGUUUGUUGUUUAAUUAAUUCCAUGUGAUUCAUUAUUGAAUGGAUCAUGGAAAUUAUAAUUAUCUUUUAUGUAUGUUUUGGCUUGGCUAGUUUCAUAUAACUAGCUGGCUAGGUCUAAAAGUUAAGUACUAUAUAUGCAUUUAAUGCAUAAUGUUAAGUUAUGUUAUGAAUAAAGUUCUUCUUAAUUUUCAUAA